CCAUUAAUAUUCUAUUAACUCAUCACCUUCUCUCUCACUCUUUAUAUUUAAACCUCUUCCUCUCUCUCUCUUUCCUCAUUAUAUUUCUCAAACGACGAAGGUAGAGAGAAAAAAAACAAGACACAGAUCAAUCUUCAAGCUCGAGUUCUCUCAAGUGAGUUAAAACUAAACCAUGUCUUGUUCCGUCGCUGUCUGUAGCUCCCCGGUGUUCUCCCCGUCGUCGUCUCUUUUCUGCAACAAAGCCUCUAUUCUCUCUUCGCCUCAAGAAACCAUCUCUCUCACUCUCUCUCAUCUCAAACCCUCCGCGUCCUCUCCCUCCUCUCCUUCCGCGGCAUCCCCUAAAUCUCCGUUCCGUCUCCGUUUCCAGAAACCGCCGACCGGAUUCGCUCCUGCGCCGUUAGUGCUAGGAGGAUCCGACUCUGUCUCCGCCGGCUCCUGUACCGGUCAAUCUCCUUCCGCCUUGAAGAGGAAACGGCCGACGAGGCUUGAUAUACCGAUUGGCACCGCCGGUUUCGCAUCUCCGGCGUCGGAGGAGAGUAGACAGGUGGAGAGGGAAGGCGAUGGUUACUCUGUUUACUGCAAGAGAGGGAGGAGAGAAGCUAUGGAGGAUCGUUUCUCCGCUAUGACCAAUCUUCGAGGAGAUCGCAAGCAGGCAAUGUUCGGAGUUUACGAUGGCCACGGAGGAGUGAAGGCGGCUGAGUUUGCGGCCAAGAACUUAGAUAAGAACGUUUUGGAAGAGGUAAGUGGUAAGAGCGGCGCGUCUGAGAUAGCAGACGCGGUGAAAUGCGGUUAUUUAACCACAGACGCUGCGUUUCUUGACGGGGAAGACGUUAAAGGCGGUUCCUGCUGCGUCACGGCUAUGGUCAGAGACGGGAACCUCGUUGUGUCCAAUGCCGGUGAUUGUCGCGCCGUCAUGAGCGUAGGUGGCGUCGCGGAGGCUCUUUCUUCCGACCACCGUCCGUCUAGAGACGAUGAACGGGAGAGAAUUGAAACCACGGGUGGAUAUGUGGAUACGUUUAAUGGUGUUUGGAGAAUUCAAGGAUCUUUAGCUGUAUCAAGAGGGAUCGGCGAUGUUCAUCUCAAGAGAUGGGUUAUAGCCGAACCAGAGACAAAGAUGUUGAGAAUUGAUCAGGACCACGAGUUCUUGAUCUUGGCAUCGGACGGUCUAUGGGAUAAAGUGAGUAACCAAGAAGCAGUAGACAUUGCUCGUCCCUUCUGUGUAGGAACCGAGAUGAAGCCAUUGUUGUUAGCCUGUAAGAAGCUGGUCGAUCUAUCGGCUUCACGAGGCUCUUCGGAUGAUAUUAGUGUGAUGUUGAUCCCUUUGCGUCAGUUCAUCUAGAAAGAGAGGGAGAGACGGUUUACUUUGGUUUAGCUUUAUUUAGAACAAUAAUUCAUUUAUUUAUUCUUUCUAACGUAGUUAUGAUCUCAAUGUGGCCGAUGUACUUGUAUGAAUCGAGCAUUGGUCGGAUUUAAUCUAAUUAUCAGUUCGUUAUUA